AUGGGGGUCUUCUUGAAUGAAUCUGACCUACCGUCCGCUGAAUUUCUUCAAUUCUACAAGGUGUUCGAGGACACUGCCCUCGGGGUUACCGUAAUUAUGGUUCCCUUCACAAUUCUCGUCAUGCUUUUCAGUAAGUCUUAAAUUACCAUUUUCAAAACUCUUGUUUUUAGCUAGUAACAGUGUCAUCAACGUCUACCGACUACUCUUGAUCAACGAGUUGUUAUGGUAAGGGAUCACAAUUCACAAACACAGAUAUCAUAUUGUUCAAGGUCGUUGCUGCUUGACAUUAUGGCUUCGUUAAUCGGCGCUGUAUCGUUAUUCCCUCUGCCUUGUUACUACGGUGUGAACGUCACCAGUGCCCUCUCCCACACGCAGCAGUUAACUUACUUUGUUAUCGGAAUCGGCGUUUAUGCAAUGAAAGACUGCUCCAUCUUUUACCAAUUCGAAUACAUUCUUGUGAAAUCGCUUGCGAUGGAUUCGAAGACUAGAGCGUUCCUUGGACUCAAAACAAAGAGGCGUUUGGUGAUGAGGCAUGUCGGGAUCAUGGUCGUUAUUCUCGGGGCAGUAUUAGUAAGUCAGGCUGGUUAA